ACAGAUAGUAAUUGACACUUUAUACACACUCAUAUCAAUGAAACUUUUAUUAUAGGAUUUAAAGCAGAAAUAAAAGAUCAAAAUGGUUGUGGUGAAAGUUGAAAACAACAAAACUUUAAAAGAUGAACAGGAAAAGACAUGGCCACAGAUUUAUGCCAUUCUAAUAAGUACUAUGGUGGGCAUAACCAACGGACAAUUCUUUGCAUGGGCAUCACCAUUUAUGGUUCAAAUAGUCAACGACAAGGAAAAAUACAACAUCUCAGAACAAGAAGCAUCAUAUUUUAAUACAAUUAAUCCAAUUUUUACCCUCCUUAUCUGCCCAUUCUGUGCUAUACUUACCGAUGGUCUCGGCCGCAAAAAGACACUUCUCCUGAUUGCAUUUCCUCAGGUAGCUAGUUGGCUGUUCGCUGCAUUUGCAAAGGAUGUUUAUAUGUUCUACGUAUCAAGAGCCUUUGCAGGAAUUGCAGAUGGACUAUUCUUUUCAGCCCUACCCCCUUAUGUCGGAGAAAUUACAACGCCUGCAGUAAGGGACAAGUGGGGUAAUUUGCUUGCAGGUUCUUACUAUAUAGGAGAAUUUUUAAUUAACGUCAUUGGCAGUUACUGUGGAGUUGUGGUAACUUCUUACAUAUGUUUGCCAAUUCCUAUUAUAUUCUUCAUUUUAUUUUUAUGGGUACCCGAAACUCCUUAUUAUUACUUAAUCAAGGGGAAAGAAGAAGAAGCAAGAAAGUCUUUAGUAUAUUUUAGGGGAGAAAAAAAUAUUGAAGAAAAUUUAAACCAAUUAAAACUUGAUGUUCAGCGACAAAUGUCAGAAUCAGGAACGUGGGGAGACUUGUUUAAAAUAAAAAGUAAUAGAAGGGCUUUGUUAGCAGGAACUUUUUUGCGAUUCUCACAACACACUUCUGGUCUUUGUAUUUUUAUAACUUUUACACAAUUUAUUUUCCAAAAAUCUGGAGGAAACUUAAGCCAUGAAGUGUCUUCUAUAAUAUACACAGGCGUUCAAAUGGUUUUGAACCUUCUAGUUCUGACGUUUGUCAUGCACAGAUUUGGACGUAGAGUAUUCUACAUCACUAGUACUGCUAGUAAUGGUGUAAUAUUAUUUUGCAUGGCAACCUUUUUUUACCUCAAUGAUUAUACCAACAUCGAUGUUUCAAGUUUUAAUUGGUUUCCAAUUGCCAGCAUGAUUACAUAUCAAAUUUUUGCUUCAUUUGGUUUGACCGUCAUUCCUACACUUAUGUUAAGUGAGCUUUUCUCUGUCAGUAUUAAAACCAAAGCAAUGGUUGUGAAUGUGUUAGUCUUUGGAGCAGGUGGAAGCUUCAUCAAUUAUAUGUUUUAUUUGAUCAACACCAGUGCUGGAUUUUUUGCACCUUUUUACGUUUUUUCAGUUUGUAAUAUUUUGUCUGCAAUAAUAACCUAUUUUAUAAUACCGGAAACUAGAGGUUUAACUCUAGAAGAAAUUCAGCAGUCUUUGAAGAGUAAAAAGUUUUAUUAAAGGUAUUUGAUAAUAUCGAUACUAUAAUAAUCUGUGAUAUAUUCUAGACUAUAAUAAAAUAUUUAUUAUU